AUGGCUGAAACAGGUGAUUCUAUUUCAUCGAUGGCUAGUAUCAAUACAAAAAAUGUUAAUAUUGAAUUAGCUGCUCGUGAACCUUGGCCAACAAAUGCUAAUCUCUAUGUUCCACUGAAAGAACAAAUGAUUCUAUGGGCGCCGGAUUGUUUAAGUACAUUAUGUUUAUUACGUAAAGUACGUGUUCCAACUUUACAUAUUGAACAUGUUCGAAAUGCUGCUGAAAUGUCUAAUUAUGGUGUUCCACCGGUAUUAACAUUAAAUAAUAGAAUAUUAAGUGAAUUUGAUGAAAUAGCUAAUUUAAUAGAACUCAAGGGAUUACUCGUUGUAGAACCUAGAGGAAAGUCAACUGUUGAAAGUUACUCAAUUUUAUGUACUGAAGUACUUGGAAGUCUCAUGAAAUAUUUUACAUUAUGUGAAAACGCUGGAUCGAGUGUGUAUCAAUCAUUCACGUCUGUUUAUCCAUGGCCUCUUGGCUUAAUUCUAUUUCUAAUCUAUCAAAAUCGCACAAUAAAAAAUUUAAAAGUGAAAGAGAUCUGGUCACUCACCUAUGAACAAGCUUUAACUAAAUUUGAAAUAACAGUCAAAGCUCUUUCCAAUAAAAUUCAAGAAAAUCAUUCAAAUCAUGUACUGGGUGACAACUUUACCAGAGCUGAUGCUCAUCUGUAUGGUCAUUUAUAUUCUAUUCUUCACAUGCAAAUUAGUGAAUAUGAAAAUCUGCGAAAUAUUCUUCACAAAUACAGACCAUUAGUUGACUAUGUAAACAAUUUGGACAGCGAUGUAAAUGGAUUAACACUUUUAGCAUCAUGA